AUGUACGCGAGGGAGAUCGUGCCAGCUUCACUCAAAACUCAGUUUGUAAUUGUCACACUCUGCUUAUCGUUAAGUGUCUGUUCGGAUUUGAAAGUGUUAGUUCGCUUAAAUGAUGGUCAAAUAACUGAGGAAUUAUUGCAAGCAGAUAGCCAAAGGGACACAAUCACAUUGGAAUUCAAGCAAAGAGAUGGGACUCUAAUCACAUUCUUGGCUGAUUUCCAGCGGCAUGUGAAAAUCUUUCGAGCGUUUGUUCUUGGGGAGCCGGAGCGUGGACAGACCCAAUACCAGGCUCUGUGUUUUAUCACCUGGUUGGAUCACAGAGAGAUUAUCCCCACUGAAGCCAUGGCCAGACUCAGGCAGAAAAAUGCCCACUUGGUUCGCGCUGCGGAGGAGAGGCGCGGGGUGGAGGAGCUGAGCAUGAACGUGGCCGUGAACCUGACCAGGGCCGGACACCUCAGCUCUCACAUUCACAACGUAUGUCGAGAGGCCCAGGACCUGGUCUACACCCGUCAGGAUGACCUCAAGCACUGGCUAGACAUUGGCGUGGACGGCUCCAUGUUCGAGGUGCUGACCCAAAAGCCUGGCACGCCUGGCCUGCAGGACUGUUCUUCUACAGAAGAUCCAUGGAAACCUUGUGCCUGCAGUUACCAGCUAAGUCUGGAGUGGUAUCCCUGCCUGCUUAAGUACUGUCGCGGCCAGGGAUCAAGGCCAUACAAGUGUGGAAUCAAGAGCUGCAGCAAGGGGUUUCGAUUUAACUUCUACACCCCACACAAGCAACUCUGUCUUUGGGAUGAAGACUCGUAA